GUCCGAUGCCGCCUCCCCAAGCAAAGCGAGGCGAAGACGAGAGGUCAAAAGGCCGGCGUCCCGUCCACGGGGGUCCACGUCGCAUCGCAGGCGGUGGGGCCCAUGGCGUCGUCGUCGCCGCCGUGGCUGCUGCUCCCCUCCUUCCCCUGGCCUCCCCCGCCCCCUCCCGGCUCCUCCUCCGGCCGCGGCGGCGGAGGAGGCGGCGGCGGGGACCCCGGCGACUGGAAGCCGAACGUCGUCGCGGCGUUCGCCGGCGCCCAACUCGGCCGCGCCCUCCGCCGUCGCCUCGCCGGCCUCCUCCGCUCGCCGGAGGCGCGACAUCUUGGUGCCUUGCCGAGAAUAGGUGACAUUUGGUUUGAAGGAUCAGACUCAUUCGCCACACACUCGAUUCUUGGAGUGUUGGAGAAUGCGCUCUCCGCACCAUAUGCUUGCAGCUCUGUUUUGUUCAAUGGAAAUGGAUCGGACAGGAGGUACAUCGGUAGGGGGAAGUUGCCAUCCAGAAGGCCAAGUGGAAUCAAUUCGAAGAAGAGGCUUUGGACUAAUAUUCUUCUUGCUGUUAAUAUUCUGGCUUAUGUCGCUCAGAUAACUACACAAGGACGAUUACUUAUAUGGGGGGCUAAGAUCAACAGUAUGAUUGAUAGAGGAGAACUCUGGCGUCUGGCUACAUCAUCUCUUCUUCAUGCAAAUCUUGCUCAUCUUGCUUUCAACUGUUUUUCUUUAAAUUCAAUUGGACCUAUGGUGGAAAUGCUUACUGGUCCUAGAAGAUAUCUUGCCGUGUAUUUCACUUCGGCUCUGGCAGGUUCAUUAAUGAGUUAUCGCUAUUGUGCGUCUCCUGCGGUUGGUGCGUCAGGGGCCAUUUUUGGAUUGGUUGGUGCCUAUGCUGUUUAUACGUGGAGGCAUAGGAGAUUUUUGGGGCAUGGAAAGGAAAGUUUAGAGCAUAUUGGACGCGUUGUUAUCUUGAAUAUGGGUAUGGGUCUCCUUACAAGGGGCAUUGAUAACUGGGGCCAUUUGGGAGGCUUGCUCGGAGGCAUGGCUAUGGCAUGGUUCCUCGGUCCAGCUUGGCAAUAUCAAUAUGUGUCAAAGGACGGAAGAGCGGUGUUCAAAGACAAUGCCCCUAUUCUCCAACUAAGCAACGGGAAAUGGUUGAGGUAGAAUUUUGUAUUUAAAACGGAUUCCUAACUUGUGUGGGACACAGAAAUUGAAGACUGAAGAGAGGUGGGGUUUGACACUGCCAUUCUGCCAAGGUGAUGGAGUGGACGCCUAGUUUGGACUUUGGAAAGCUAUUUCCAGGGAAACUCCAGCUCCAAAUCUUACGCAAGGGCGACAUUUGAGUUCACCUGAGUCAUUAUUUUUGGAUAUAAGUUGCAAUUGUCUACUGUGACAGAUUAUAGCUAAUCAAUACUCAAAUAGUCACCACAGCAAUUGUAUUUAACAUGCUUAUCAGUGUUACUGGAGCCCAACUGGCACGGUGUACAUGAAUCCAUAUUUCUGGAGCCCAACUGGCACGGUGUACAUGAAUCCAUAUUUGAUACAGCUAACUAUAGGCUCAAGUGUAUCAAUCUAUUUAUUUUUGGGGUGAGAUGGUGUAAGUAUCUGCUUUGGAUAUUGAUGAUUGUUAUCACUA